UCCUGGGAAGGCUGGUAUCGCAUGUAUCUAGGGGGCCUCAAUGCUCAAAUUCCAGAGAAAUGUAUAAAAAAAUACAUGUGUGGAACAUAUGCUCCUAUGUGGCUAACAGAACCACAUCCCAGUCAGUCAGGUAUUGUUGUACAACGUUCUGUGUGCAACACGUGGGUUGACAGGUGCUGUUAUUAUGACUCACAUAAGAUCUAUGUGAAGCGCUGCUAUGAGCGGCAGACUGGAGGACACUUCUUCAUCUACGGACUUAAGAAACCAUCUAUGUGUGAUCUUGCAUACUGCACAGAGGUUAGCAAAACAGGACAACGUCCUUCAACUACACCUGGUCCAGCAAGACAAACUUCUCGUCCACAACCAACUGGCCUCACAAGCAAAACAACUGAAUUAACAAGCAAAACAGUGGCAUUUUCAAGAACCACACCUGAUCCAAGACCAACUGAAUUAACAAGCAAAACAGUGGCAUUUUCAGGAACCACAUCUGAUCCAAGACAAACUGAAUUAACAAGCAAAACAGUGGCAUUUUCAGGAACCACAUCUGAUCCAAGACAAACUGACCUUACAGCGACAACACCAGUGGCCAACAGCACUGCAGUGGAGGGGGAGGUCCGUCUGGUCAAUGGAAGGAACGGUUCCUGCUCUGGCAGAGUGGAGAUCUUCCACAGUGGACGAUGGGGGACGGUGUGUGACGAUGGCUGGAAUGUGGCUAAUGGUCAGGUGGUGUGUAGACAGUUGGGCUGUGGCAGGGUGCUGUCAGCUCCAUCAUUUGCACAUUUUGGACAGGGCACCGGGCCCAUUUGGUUAGAUGAUGUCGUGUGCUCAGGCAGCGAGUCAGAACUCACACAGUGUCGACACAGAGGGUUUGGGAGUCACAACUGCAACCACCGAGAAGAUGCUGGUGUCGUUUGUGAAGAUAUCAUGGAGGGGGAUGUCCGUCUGGUCAAUGGAAUUAAUGGUUCCUGCUCUGGCAGAGUGGAGAUCUUCCACAGUGGACAGUGGGGGACGGUGUGUGACGAUGGCUGGAAUAUGGCUAAUGGUCAGGUGGUGUGUAGACAGCUGGGCUGUGGCAGGGUGCUGUCAGCUCCAUCAGUUGCACAUUUUGGACAGGGCACCGGGCCUAUUUGGUUAGAUGAUGUCGUGUGCUCAGGCAGCGAGUCAGAACUCACACAGUGUCGACACAGAGGGUUUGGGAGUCACGACUGCAGCCACCGAGAAGAUGCUGGUGUCGUUUGUGAAGUCUUUCAUGUGUAUCUUCCAUUAACAAUCCCUGUGGUGCAUGUUUUUCUGUUAGCUUAUUCACCAGUGAGGCUGGUCAACUCUGACAACCGCUGCUCUGGCAGAGUGGAGCUCUACCAUCAAAGACAGUGGGGGACAGUGUGUGAUGAUGGCUGGGACCUAAAUGAUGCUAAUGUGGUGUGCAGACAGCUGGGCUGUGGUCGGGCUCGUUCAGCACUUUCAAAUGCAGCUUUUGGACAGGGCACUGGACCCAUCUGGUUGGACGAAGUUGGCUGUAGUGGAAAUGAACCAUCAAUAGCAUACUGCAGACAUCGAGGAUUUGGAGUCCACGACUGUGGUCAUGUUGAAGAUGCUGGUGUUGUCUGUGACUAUCAUCCACAAAUUAACAGCACAGUUGCACCAACCCCCUCAGAUCCACCCCAACAAACCACAACACUAGUGACACCAACCCCCUCAGAUCCACUAACACAAACCACAACACCAGUGGCCAACAGCACUGCAGUGGAGGGGGAUGUCCGUCUGGUCAAUGGAGGGAACGGUUCCUGCUCUGGCAGAGUGGAGAUCUUCCACAGUGGACAGUGGGGGACGGUGUGUGACGAUGGCUGGAAUAUGGCUAAUGGUCAGGUGGUGUGUAGACAGCUGGGCUGUGGCAGGGUGCUGUCAGCUCCAUCAGUUGCACAUUUUGGACAGGGCACCGGGCCUAUUUGGUUAGAUGAUGUCGUGUGCUCAGGCAGCGAGUCAGAACUCACACAGUGUCGACACAGAGGGUUUGGGAGUCACAACUGCAACCACGGAGAAGAUGCUGGUGUCGUUUGUGAAGGUAAACAAAUCUUUCAUGUGUAUCUUCCAUUAACAAUCCCUCUGAUGCAUGUUUUUCUGUUAGCUUAUUCACCAGUGAGACUGGUCAACUCUGACAACCGCUGCUCUGGCAGAGUGGAGAUCUACCAUCAAAGACAGUGGGGGACAGUGUGUGAUGAUGGCUGGGGUCUAAAUGAUGCUAAUGUGGUGUGCAGACAGCUGGGCUGUGGUCGGGCUCGUUCAGCACUUUCAAAUGCAGCUUUUGGACAGGGCACUGGACCCAUCUGGUUGGACGAUGUUACCUGUAGUGGAAAUGAAUCAUCAGUAACAGACUGCAGACAUCCAGGAUUUGGAGUCCACAAUUGCGGUCAUAAUGAAGAUGCUGGUGUUGUCUGUGAUUGUAACACAGUUGCACCAACCACCCCUGAUCCACCAACACAAGCCACAACACCAGUGGCCAACAGCACUGCAGUGGAGGGGGAUGUCCGUCUGGUCAAUGGAGGGAACGGUUCCUGCUCUGGCAGAGUGGAGAUCUUCCACAGUGGACGAUGGGGGACAGUUUGUGACGAUGGCUGGAAUAUGGCUAAUGGUCAGGUGGUGUGUAGACAGCUGGGCUGUGGCAGGGUGCUGUCAGCUCCAUCAGUUGCACAUUUUGGACAGGGCACCGGGCCUAUUUGGUUAGAUGAUGUCGUGUGCUCAGGCAGCGAGUCAGAACUCACACAGUGUCGACACAGAGGGUUUGGGAGUCACAACUGCAACCACGGAGAAGAUGCUGGUGUCGUUUGUGAAGGUAAACACAAAUUUAUGCACAUAUCCUUUCAUGUGUAUCUUCCAUUAACAAUCCCUGUGGUGCAUGUUUUCCUGUUAGCUUAUUCACCAGUGAGGCUGGUCAACUCUGACAACCGCUGCUCUGGCAGAGUGGAGCUCUACCAUCAAAGACAGUGGGGGACAGUGUGUGAUGAUGGCUGGGACCUAAAUGAUGCUAAUGUGGUGUGCAGACAGCUGGGCUGUGGUCGGGCUCGUUCAGCACUUUCAAAUGCAGCUUUUGGACAGGGCACUGGACCCAUCUGGUUGGACGAUGUUGCCUGUCGUGGAAAUGAACCAUCAGUAACAGACUGCAGACAUCCAGGAUUUGGAGUCCACAACUGUGGUCAUGUUGAAGAUGCUGGCGUUGUUUGUGAACCCCAGACCUCUCCAAUCCAGAUUUUCGACAUAAAUUGUGCUGAUGAUCACCUCCAAGUAGGUCUGAAUUUGCUUAGCGUGACAGUGAAUGGUUUUAACCCUCUUUCUGGACACCUGGUGGACCGCAACUGCACUUGGACCAGAAAACAAAGUAACAUUGUGUGGUAUGAAACGGCGGCCCGAAGUGGACACUGUGGAACUUCACAGAUGACCAACAGCACACACGUCAUCUAUUCCAACAGCCUAUUUGUCUACCCUCAAAACAAUGCAUCCUUCAGCAUCCCUGUGAGUCUUCCCUUCUCCUGUGCUUAUUCCCUGGAUGUAGACACCAGUCUGCGGGGAGCUGUCAGGCCGUUAGAGCUCUCAGGUGGAAUUUCAGGUGUGGGUAGCGAACCCGUAGCCUUCCUGACUCUGUACCGUGACCCUGACUAUAUUAACGCUUACCCAUCUGGCCUGACCAGCCUGCCGGUGGGUUCACCAAUGUAUGUGAAGGUCACUGUGACGAGGAGAGAUCCAAUGUUUGUGGCUGUUCUGGAGGACUGCUACAGCACUUACACACCAAACCUAAAUGACCCAUUUCGAUACUAUAUGAUCCAGAACAAGUGUCCCACUGACCCCCAACAGGUGGUGUUGACUGAGAGUGGCUUAUCCCUCCAGGCUCGUUUCUCUGCGCUGCUCUUCCUGCCAGAGGGUGAAUACAGGCCUGUUUACCUUCACUGCCACCUCAGUCUGUGUAACCCCAGAAUUUCCCGUUGUGUUCCAUCCAUCCUCAUCACUGCCAAAGAAAACAUCAAUAUCUUCAGCUCUCCCACCUCCAUCUCUGCCUCCUGUCUUUUCAUCAGUGCAGCCGUCUCUAAACUGUUCAACAUAACAUGUCUUAGUACCACCCUGUACACCAGCAGUUCUCAACGGGGGGCCACUGGCCAUUAG